AUGACUGACCAUAAAGCACUACAGAACUGGUCACAGUUCGAUGACUAUGAAUCGUUCAUUCAAGAAGAAAACUUGUUCUCCUUACUCGAUCAAUCAAUGUCUUUCGAUUACAAUUCGUUCACUAACAACCCUUUUAGUGAUAUUCAAACCCAAGCUUGUUUUUCUUUCCAAGACAUCAUUAAUGUUGAUCCUAUCUCUAUUUGUUUCCCGGCUAGUGAUCAUAUGUUUAUGGCUUCAGAUGAUCUUCAAGCCAUUUCUACUUUUUCUCAAGCAGAUGUAUUGAGUGGAUUGUGGAGUGAAAAUACUGGCUGUUACAAUAACCAUGUCGAACCAAUAAGAGAUGAUGGGAUAUCAAGAGCUAAUAGUAUAGGGAAUCAAAACAUGGAGAUGAUAUUGCAUGAAAGUAACAACAUGAUGAAAGAGACAACAAGCCAUAAAUGGAGAGAAGGAGAAGAUGGAGUACUCAUGAUCAAGACUUUGUCAAGGGAAGAGAUCAAGCCAUACUUCUACAUGCCGAUAGCUAAAGCAGCCAAAGUGCUUAACAUUGGAUUAACCCUCUUGAAGAAAAAAACUCGUGAGUUGGGUAUAACUCGUUGGCCUCACCGUAAGCUUAUGAGCAUUCAGAGCAUCAUUACUAACCACCUGGAUCGCUUAGGGAAGACGGAUGAUGAAAUGAUAAAGAGAAAGCUGAGGAACGAUUUGGAGAUUUUGGAGAGGGAGAAGAAAAUGAUUGAGGAGGAUCCUAAUUGGGAAUUUGGGGUUGAGACUAAGAGGUUAAGACAGGCUUGCUUUAAAGCUAACCACAAACAAAAACGGCGUUUGUCUAUUUUUAAAUUCUAA